UUUGGUGGACCGGGUGCUGCUCAAUUGUCAGUCCCGAACCAAAUAUUUGGGCAGGCAAUUCAAAUGGGAGGAUUUGAAACUGAUCCUGCAGAUGGUAUUCUCGGCUUGGCAUUCACUUAUUUGGCUGAUGACUAUGUGACACCACCAGUCAUUAACGCCAUUCAGCAGAAAAUUCUCGAUAAACCCAUUUUCACGGUUUGGAUGAAACACAGGAGUCCGCUGUCAAACGUUUACGGUGGUCAAUUUACUUACGGUGCACUCGACACUGAGCACUGCGGAGAGGUGAUCGAUUAUCGCUAUUUGUCGAUGGCUAGUUAUUGGCAAUANCGAAAGGAUGGGACGUGA